GGGGAAAAGGAGUGGGGCAGUGUGAAGUAGACUCAAAUUAUUCUGAAUCGCAUUUAUUUCAUCGCUGUGACAUUUCACCAGUUGAGUUAUCGCGUGUUGUCCUCACUCACUCGACUUUUUCUACACAGGGACCGUCGAGGCUGCAGCAAUACGUUGUUUUUUUGGAAACGUUUAUUUUUCAUCAUUUGAAGCGACUUUUCCCCCAAAUGAUGUUGACAGGAUACGCACCAACAACUGUCGUCGCUGGUUGUAUUGAGAUACUUUUGUACUGCUGAAGUUUCGGGUCACCUGAGGCACAGUUCACUUCCUCAUCGGGACUUGAUGUGUUUUGUGUUUCGACAUCAACUGUCAGUUAUUUCGUGAAUGGGAAUUUGUCUGCUGUCGCUGAGAGGGCAGGAGCUGAAUCACCUGUUAUUGCCUCAAACUGAUCGGGUUUUGCCUGCAAACAGCUCUAAUGGUUGCAGCUAGAAAACAUCACCUGAGAGAGGAUUGAACCACCUCACCAUGACAGAGGUCCAGACUCCAUGGCCACAGGGCACAGAGUGUGUGGCCAGGUACAACUUCACAGGCACAUCAGAGCAGGACCUGCCCUUCAAUAAAGGAGAUGUGUUGACGAUUAUUAUUGUCACAAAGGAUCCAAACUGGUACAAAGCGAAAAAUUCUGCAGGUCUCGAGGGAACAAUUCCAGCCAACUAUGUUCAGAAAAGAGAAGGAGUGAAAUCCGGAGGGAAGCUGAGUCUAAUGCAGUGGUUUCAUGGGAAGAUAACGCGGGAUGAGGCCGAGCAGUUGCUUAACCCUCCUGAAACUGGCCUGUUCUUGGUGCGAGAGAGCACCAACUUCCCCGGCGACUACACCCUGUGUGUGAGCUGCGAUGGCAAGGUGGAGCACUACCGCAUCGUCUACACCAACGGCAAGCUCACUAUCGAUGAGGAGGGGUACUUUGAAAACCUCAUGCAGCUGGUUGAGCACUACACCAAAGAUGCAGAUGGCCUGUGCACCAGUCUAAUAAAGCCAAAGGUGGAGGAGGGGACGGUGGCCGCUCAGGAUGAGUUUUCCAGGGGUGGUUGGUCGAUGAGCAGGAAAGACCUCAAGCUGCAGCAGGUUAUUGGAAAAGGAGAGUUUGGAGAUGUCAUGGUGGGAGACUAUAGAGGGACUAAAGUAGCUGUGAAGUGCAUUAAACAUGAUGCUACAGCGCAGGCCUUUAUUGAAGAGGCUUCCGUCAUGACGCAACUACGGCACGAUAACCUGGUGCAGCUGCUUGGAGUGAUUGUAGAGGAGAACGGGAGUCUGUUUAUAGUUACCGAGUACAUGGCCAAGGGCUGUUUGGUUGACUACUUACGUUCCAGAGGCCGGACAGUACUUGGUGGAGAUGCUCUCCUUAAUUUUGCACUAGAUGUCUGUGAAGCAAUGGAGUACCUGGAAAUCAAUAACUUUGUCCACCGAGACUUAGCGGCCCGCAAUGUUCUUGUAUCAGACGACAACUCGGCCAAAGUCAGUGACUUCGGUCUGACCAAGGAGGCCUCUUCCACUCAGGACACUGCUAAGCUGCCUGUGAAGUGGACAUCGCCAGAGGCCCUCAGAGAAAAGAAAUUUUCCACCAAAUCAGAUGUUUGGAGCUACGGUAUUCUGCUUUGGGAGAUUUACUCUUUUGGCCGAGUGCCUUACCCAAGAAUUCCAUUAAAAGACGUUGUGCCUCGAGUGGAGAAAGGUUACAAAAUGGACUGUCCAGAUGGCUGUCCUGAAGUGGUGUACAACAUCAUGAAACAGUGCUGGAACCUGGAGCCUGCUGCUCGACCAAGCUUUCAAAUGUUGAAGGAGUGGCUUCAACAUAUCAACCAAGGGAUGAGAAAAACACAAUGAGACGUCUCCCAGAACCAACACAAAAAGUGACUUUUCUCUUCUUUCAUUUUGGCCACUUGGACCAUAGCCUCGGAGGAAAAAAUAGAUUUCAAAAGACUGCUCUUCCAAAGUUCAUGACAAAGUUUGCUUUCACUCAUUGUCCAUGAACCAUUAAGUAAAACUGUCAGCAUAAUGUUUCUUAGCAUCAUCCCUCACCUCAGGUUGUUUAAACUACAGUAACUCUUAAUUACUGACACAGUCACUCGAGUGAGUCUUUCUGUGCUCGGUUAUCAAGAGUGAAUGAUUAACUGUCAUUUCGACAAGUCUUUCCUUAGAACACACUGCUGCCUCCGAGCCACAGUGCCUUGACCUUUUUUUAAUAAAUAUGUUAUGUCUUUUAUGUUGAUAUCCUUGGUCAUAUUGGUGGCAUCAUUACAUUUUAUGAACAUGUAGAGUAGACCGUAACAUAAUUUGACUAAGUUGACCAAAUCCAUGGUAUCCGUUUAAAGAGGAGAGACGCUUCAAAAGCAGGAGUACAGUUGUGAUACGUCAUUACUCGCUGUAUUCUUUUUACAGCUUCCAGGUACACCUUUUUGCAUGAAUGUUGAAUUAUUUUCUUAAAAGGACUAAGUUAAAAUAACUUUGAUUAUGCAUCUUAAUUUCUGCAUUGCCAUAUGUUUAUAAAUGUGUUUGGAUCCCUCUGCAAGUCAAAAAAGGAAGCACAAGUUUUCACUUUUACUACUGAUAUAAUAACACCUUUCAGCUCAGUCAUGUAGACAUAAUUCCCAUGUACAGAAUUGUCCCUCCGACAUCAACAAAUGUUUUAAUUUUGGAAUCUUUGGAUUUAGCCAAAUGUUGGGGAUUUUGUAUGAAUUGAGAAACAGAAUGUUAAUAUUUUUACUGUGCUGCCAUUUUCAACAAUAAAAAAAAGAAUACAUUUUGAAUUCUUUUUUUUUUUGCAAUAGUGACUAUUUUUAGCAUCCUUUCUGAUCAAUUAGUUAAUUAGUUGAAGUACAGCUAUUUCAUAUGAAAGCAAUAAAGUUGUGCAUCAAAGCUUACAAUAAUGUUCCUCUAAUACUGUACUUACAAUUGGUAUCAUAACAAUUUGGAGUUAUACUGUAUAUAUAAAAGGUAAAUGCUGCUACACAAAAUAAAUACAUUAAUAAGGAUGUAAGAGUCAUUGUCUGUAUCCUGUUGAAAUAAACAAAAGAUACUAUCUUUGAAGGAAAGGAAAAGUAUUGCAUUACAUAAGUUUACAUUUAUGAACUUCUAAAGUGAGACUGCAAAGCUUUUAUUUCAGCAGAAGAAGAAACAACUAGAUUAAGGUCUGGAGGCUUCCUCACAAAUACCUAAUCGUGAAUAAGGUUAAGAAGUGUCCUUCAAAAAUAUUGAUAAAUAUUACCCUGCCAAUCACUACAUGCAGAAAUUUAAAAGAACAUAAACACAAACUUAAUUAGUUUUUAAUAAGAGAUGUUCUUAAAUGCAAAUUUAACAAUAACGAUAAGAAGAUAUAUAUUUUAUUUUGUUUUCCUGAAGGAUGUUGCUCAGCGGCGCAAUAUAUAAAACUACUUUCUAAUUCGACUUCAGUAGGUUUUAAACUAUUAUAUUUACUAUAUUGUAAAGUGUGAUAUAUUCCUGGCUCUUUUGUUAUUGUUCUAUUUGUGUACGAUCCACUGUACACUGAAUCUAUAUUGUGUUAUUUUGUUUAAUAAAGAAUAAAAAAAAAAC